GGGCUAAAAUUUGAGCCAGCCACCCCCCCCUUUCCUCCUCCUGCCCCCAUGCCAUUGGCUCCAGGGAGAGGUUGACAUCAAAGCCGCUGCCUUAUAUAAGCCAGACCCCGCAAAGGAGGGCGCACAGGGUUAACGGGUCUCCGAGCCUCCGUGCUGCGUCUGCACAGACCCUGCGAACAGGCGAACCGGCGGCGGACUGAGCCCGGGGAUCCCCAGCUCCGGCACCCACCGCAGCGCCGCCCGUAGCCCACUGAGGGCCCCGGCAGUUUUGGGGUCGCAUGGGGCGGCGUUAGUCGGGCUGGCGGCGCCGGCCAGCGGCCGCUCCAAUAUGAACCUCGUGGGCAGCUACGCGCACCACCACCACCACCACCACCACCACCCGCACCCCGCGCACCCCAUGCUCCACGAGCCCUUCCUCUUCGGCCCGGCCUCUCGCUGUCAUCAGGAGCGGCCCUACUUCCAGAGCUGGUUGUUGAGCUCCGCCGACGCUGCCCCGGAUUUCCCGGCCGGUGGACCCCAACCCCCCGCGGCCGCCGCCGCCUACGGCCCCGACGCCAGGCCUGGUCAGAGCCCCGCACGGCUGGAGGCGCUGGGCGGCCGCCUGGGCCGGCGCAAGAGCGCGGGCCCAAAGAAAGAGCGCCGCCGCACCGAGAGCAUCAACAGCGCAUUCGCCGAGCUGCGCGAGUGCAUCCCCAACGUGCCCGCAGACACCAAGCUCUCCAAGAUCAAGACCCUGCGCCUGGCCACCAGCUACAUCGCCUAUCUGAUGGACGUGCUGGCCAAGGACGCGCAGGCCGGCGACCCCGAGGCCUUUAAGGCCGAGCUCAAAAAGGCGGAUGGAGGCCGCGAAAGCAAGCGGAAAAGGGAGCUGCAGCAGCAGCACGAAGGCUUCCCUCCCACCCUGGGCCCUGUCAGUGAGAAGAAGAUUAAGGGGCGCACUGGCUGGCCACAGCAAGUCUGGGCACUGGAGCUAAACCAGUAAACCAGCCGAGGACCCUGACCUGGAGCCCAGGGAGCAGAGGAAGAUGGCGGCCUUGUGCCAGGCUCUGGGCACCAAGGAGCUUAGAGGGGUGCCCCCAGCCCCCAGGCUCUGUUGUGCACUGGCAGGUCACCAGUCCCAGCAACACACUUGGAUCACAUGUGCAAUGUCAUUUGAAUUUUUUAAUACAUUAAAAGAAAGAAAUAUAUCUAUAUAUAUAUAUAUAUCCCAACCCCCGACCAAGAGGGUGGUUCUUGGUGGCCUGAUCCAAGAGACACCCUCAAAUGUGCUCUCACCCUUUAACCCUCUGGGACAAAUUUCUACAGUGACCAGGCACCUUCUCCUGCACUCUGCAGCUCUUUCUUUCCCUUCUCUGCUUCCUGGCCUAGCCUUCCGGGUGCUUCCUCCCAGCAGUAAAAUGCAGCGAGAGGACUCGAGUUUUCUGCUGGGGCAGAAGGACCGAGCCCAGGAGUUGGAGAACUGCCUUUCGUGGUUGCCCUCAAAACUGCUUGUUUUUACUGUGUUGUUUGUCGCGCUGCACUUCCUACUUAGCUCCAAAGGACUCACUCCUUUCUGCUCUUCCCUUUCUCCAUGAAUAAAAACCUUUCCUGGCCAUGGAAAGUUUUUUAUGUAUUUAAACUACCUAGUGAACCUGCUGUGCUCAGGUGCUGUUUAUUUCCUGUCCCUGCUCCUUUUCUACCUCAAUUUAUAGGACCACUCACCCCCCCCCCUUGGCAAAGCAGUAUCUAUGCUCUUGACUAAUAAAAUGUUUUCUGGAACCAGA